UCAUCAAUUGUAAAAAAGAAUGACGAAUGGCGUAGGCUAAAUAAUUAAUUUGACGAAGAAAUUAGUUGUUUAGCUUAAAAAAUUGCCAACAAUACUGGUGAAUCUUAAAAAACUUAAGUGUAAUACCAUUUGCUUAAAAUAAAAGUGAAAAAAGUUCAGCUAUACAGUUUAAAAAAAUUUCGAGUAGGUACAGGCCUUCCAUCUCACUGGAUUGCUUAAUCAGCAAGUUUUAACUCAUUCGCAACGAAAAGUAACAUGGAAGAAGAUUUGAUAUUACAACAACCAUCAGAUAGACGUUUAGGUAAUGCAAAUGCUUUGCCGCCAGGACCUCCUGGAGCAGAAUUUGAUGCAUUGGAGUUUGACGCCAAAAAUGUUCCACCUAAAGCGCUGGAAAAAGAGAGUAUGUGCUCGGCGAGUCGAUCCAGUAGACGUCGUUCUCCCUCGGUAAGUCCUGCUCGCAAACGUCAGUCUGCGUCGCGCACACGUCGUUCUCCUUCCUCGCCACCACCAACCAGAGACCGGCGACGGAGAUCUCCUUCACCGCUACCACGGCGGAACCGCUAUCGUGACUAUUCGCCGGAUAGACGUCGGUACGAUCGAUCGGGCCGACGUUCACCGGACCGCAGGCGUUCUCCCCCACCCCGCGAUCGCCGAAGUGGUCUGAGUGGUGGACGAGAUCGUUAUCGGGGAAGAGCACGCAGCUCGAGUCGUUCCCUCAGUCGGAGCCCUUCACCUAUACGCAAUCGUGCUACUGCUGGACGUUGGUCUCCUAAGAAAAAGCCUAGUUCACCACCACCACCGCAGAAUCAACAAUUACCCAUGCCUACGACUAUAUCUCAACAACCCCCGAAUGGUCCACCUACUCAACCACCGCCACAAUAUAGUGUUAUGACUCAUACCGGACCACAACUAUAUGGCGACGCUUACGGUCAAGGACCGUAUAAUCAAUAUGGUGUUCCACCACCACAACCGAAUUUUGUAAAUGCCGCAGAUAGUUAUGGUAUGCCACCUCAGACACAGAGUUUUAACGCGGCCUAUCCCCCUCCUGGAGCUUGGAGUGUAGAUACUUAUGGUCAACAACAGUGGUUACCACCUCCGAACCAACUACAAACAAUGCCUGCACCGCCCCCGCAGCAACAACAGCAAACUACGCAACCGCCUCCGCCGAUGUCGGUCGUAGGACAAUCCGCUGCAGUGCAAGUAACACAAUCCGCUAAUACUUCAAAUCAAUCGUUACAUACUUUACCAGACGCCGCACCUGGCACCAUAGAUCCAAAUCCAGCUCAUGAUGCGGUGGCUCAAGAGGCAGAAAAUCAACGCGAUGAGUUGAAGAAGCAGCGCACUAGUUAUUUGAAAAAGACUUCAGUUCUAAAGAAGGAGCUGAAAAUGUUGAAAGAGCAACGCAAGGACUUGCAUAAGGACAGCGUCCCGCCGUCGCCCACCACUAAGGGUUUCAUAGAUGAAAACGAAAAAUUACAGAAUCAAAUCCAGAAAAAAUUGAGUACUAUAGAGAAUGUUAUUGAUAUGCUUACGGGGAUAAUUGGUGAGGAGAAUCUCGACAAAGAGGAUGAAGCUGACGAAGAAGAAACCUUACCGAAGGAUGCGGUUAGUAAAAACGUCAUCUUUCCUCCCAUAGACGUAAAACAACAGGAGCCACGCAGUGUGACACCUUCAAAACCUCUCAACAAAAAACCUUUCACAUCAUCAUCAUCAUCCGACGAUACCUCAACUGAUAGUGAUACCACUUCUACGUCUUCAUCCAGUUCUACAACCGAAAAUGAAGAAGAUAGAAAGCCUGGCCGCAGUGCUGCAAAUAAUGCUAAUGCCGCUGCAUCUGGCGUGACCGCAGAAGAUGAUGAGGACGACGACGAUGAUAGUUCAGCUGAACGUUUGAAAAACAAAGUCAUUGAAUCCAUGAAAAAUAAGCAAAAGGAAAUCGCUAAAAUUAAAACGGAACAGAAAAUUGUUGAGAGAAAGGAACGAUUCAAUUACGUCUUCUAUGAUCCCGAAAUGCAUUGGUGUCAAACAUGCGAUAUAUUUCCGAAAACUGCACGCGAUUAUCUCGAUCAUUUGCAUUCCCCGGAGCACAUGGAUCGCGAAAGUAUUGAUACGCCAUGGCAUUUAAACAUGAUAACAAACCAAUUCCCUACGUAUGAAAAUGCUCCCACAAAAAGAACGCCCAUUAGAGGUUUGACAUUCUUUGUGCCAGCCUCUGCUUGGUUCUGUAAAUUAUGCAGUAUUUGGAUGGGUGAUUUACAUUGUGCUUCGACACAUUUAAAAUCGCAAUUGCAUGCUAAUCGCUAUAAUGCUUUCUUAGAAGAAAAUCCCCAUUAUGAGGUUAACUGGUUGGCCGAUCGUCAGCGAGUUUUAAAUGAAAAGAAAACUAUGCCUUUGCCGCCACAAAUAACGUCGAUAUCCACCACUGCAGGUGAACGUAAGAAAACAAAGAAAGAUGAUGAUAAACCUAGCAAGAAACGUAAGAAGAAAAGCGAUAAAAAGCAAAAAAAGAAGAAAAAGAAGUCUUCGAAGAAACGUAAAAAGUCCUCUGGUAAUGUUUCCAGUUCUUCAUGCACUAGCGAUUCGUCUUCUUCCACUACUGAAGAUGAAGAGCCAGUUAAGAAAAAACAUCGCCCGACAGUAGAAGUCAAAGAAUUAGAUAAUCCCAAUCCGGCUGCUUCAAUACGCGUAACUAUGCGAAAGCAAGAAACUUUAAAGCACUCGGACGAAAUAGAAUUACCUGCACUACCACCUUCUAUGAAAAUCAAGCAAGAGCCCACACAGCCAGCAGCACCAGUGGCAGCACAAGUACGCCUAAGUAAAUGGACUGUAGCGCAGGAAAGCACAGCUGCAGUUAAACCAAAAGACGAAGAGAAACACGGCCAAGAAGAAGAUAAUAUUAUACAGCAAUGGAACACCGUACAACCGGUAAUAAGCGAAAGUGAAAAGAAACUGCUUGAACAGCUAAAGGGUAAACUUAAAAAUAAACCCAAACAGGACCAUAGUACAUCUAAUACGACUUCAAAAGAUAAUUCAAUGCUACGUAGCGAAGUAGACAAAGAAAACAGAGAAAAAGAUAGGAAUCGAUCAGGAAGGGACAGAGAUCGCAGCGGCCGUGAUAGAGGAGAACGGGAUAAGGAUAGAGAUAGGGACAGAGAUAGGGAAAGACGUGAUGAACGCGACCGCGGCGGCGGCCGAGAAGAAAUUGAUAGAAGAGCUGCGCGUCGUUCACGCACCCGUAGCCCAACACGCAGUUGUAGUCGUGGUAGAGAUUAUCGCCGCUUUAGACGGUCUCGCUCUCGUAGUCGUGGGCGUAUAUCACCCCGCGGUUGGCGCGGUCGCCGAGGAAUUGGCCGAGGUGGGCGCUCGCGCUCCCGAUCACCUCGCCGACGAUCCCGUUCUUACGAUCGCUCUCGACGACGUGUAUCCCGCUCUCGCACUCGUACACGUUCCCGUUCAAAAAGUAAUAACCGUAUUGAGAAACCCGUGGUAAGGCAGCCCGAAUUCCGACCACGAGUACCUGAAAAGGACAAAGAGAAGGAAAAGAAGUCGAAAGAGAACACAGAGAAAAAGGAAAAAUCCAAAAGCAAAUCUUCGAAUGCGAGUACAUCAAGCAAUGCUGGAGGCAAAAAAUUACCUUUUAUAGGUAAAAUGCCAGUAUUCAAGAAACAAGUUGGUUCAGGGCAGCAGGGAGAAAAUGGUGAAAAGCGCACCGAUGAUCAACAACAACAGCAACAGAGCUAUAUGUACACGAUGGAUCCGAAUAAUUACACGGCUGGCGCCCCAAAUGCCGGCCAACAGCGGCCUCCAGCACCCACAGCUGCUCAGAUACAGCUGGCCAUGAUGGAGGAUGCUUAUGGUAACGCGCCACCUUUUCACCCUGAUGUGGGUAUGAUGGUAGAUUACGAUGAUCUGAUGCCAGAUCCUGCACAAUUUGUCAAUAUUAUGGGUCAAGCGCCACCCCCACCACCACCACCAACUAAUCCAGACAAAGACGAAGAAGAAGAUAUGUUGCCUCCUGGUAUAGAUCAAGAGGAAUCAGAAGAAUUUGUUCCCAAACCUAUCACUGAUGGACCAGCUCCAACUAAAGGUCCCCUACCAAAGGACCUAGAAGAGGCUUUAAACAUUAUUUUCCCGGGUGAGAAAAAGCCGGAUGAUGGUGAAGGCAAUGAUAACCAAGGAGGGGUAGAAAAGAAAUCGAAGUUAACCGCACACAGUAACGGAGAGACCCAAAUAAUUGUCGAUGAACCGGUGCUACAAGCUGAAGAACUGGCUAAAGAAGGCAUACACCUGGUGACAUUAGAUGAAACUUCUAUUGUGGGUUUGGAUGAAGCAUCUCAGAUGAGCAUGAAUGAGCCGUUAGUCUUUAACAAACCGACAAAAAAUAAUCCAAUGCUUCCGAGCAAUAUGAUUACCGACAUGGAAUUGGAAGACGCGGGCUCACAGCCUGGUGAAAUAACACAAUCCGUACCACAAUCAAUAUUAGAUGAAAUUUCUCCUCCUCUUCCACCACAAGAGGUCAUAACUGAAAGUAAAAAAUCGGUGCAAGACCAGCAAGUUGCAGUGGAUAAAACUGACAAGAAGGUACAAGAAGAACAAUUUAUACAAGACGAAUCAAUUAUAAAUUUACCAGAAGAAAUCCCGAUGCCAGACGCGCCGAUAUCAGAAGUAAAUCCUGAAGAAACGAAUAAUAUGGAACCAUCGAAUGAUUUAGAGCGACUAAUAAUGGACUCCAUUGCUGCUGAUGCCACAAAUACGGCAGACAGUAAAUUCGUUGUUAUAACAAAUGAGAUCGAUCUAGCGGACAUACCCCAGCCGCCGCCGUCACCUACAGAAAGUGAAAAGAACCGACGUCAGGAAGAAUUAAACGAUUUAGCGAUGCUCGGUAUUGAUGCUGAUGAUAUGGCAGCUCAAUGUAUGUAAAGUAGGUUUAAUGGCAAGAAAGAUUAUAUAUGAAAGAUGCGCUACACAAUAACUCAGACAAUGUAAUUACUAUUUUAACCCAGCACAUAUUUUCACAAGAAUUCCAAGGAUAUGUAAUAAAAUGCAAAUAUAUACGUACAUAUUUCCGUAAUUAUCAGAA